AUGGCCGCCACGUACAGCACCAGCGGGAGCGUCGACCCUGAGACGCUGUACACCAAGCAGAACUGCAUCGGCGGUGGCAGCUUCGGCAAGGUGUACAAAGGGGUCGACAAGCGCACCGGGCAAAGCGUGGCCAUCAAGAUCAUAGACGUCGAGAAUGCCGAAGACGAGGUCGACGACAUCAUUCAGGAGAUCUCCAUCUUGUCGGAGCUGCACAGCCCCUACGUCACCAAAUACUACGGGAGCUAUCUGAAAGGCUCGGACCUAUGGAUCAUUAUGGAGUUCUGCUCGGGUGGCAGCUGCGGUGACCUCAUGAAGCCGGGCCUCAUACCGGAAGAGUACAUCACCAUCAUCAUACGAGAGCUACUCAUGGGGCUGGAAUACCUGCAUGGCGACAACAAGCUGCACAGAGACAUCAAGGCUGCGAACAUCCUUCUCAGUGCCAACGGCCAGGUCAAGUUGGCCGAUUUUGGCGUGUCUGGCCAGCUCUCGGCGACCAUGACGAAGAAGAACACUUUUGUUGGAACCCCCUUUUGGAUGGCCCCGGAAGUCAUCAAGCAAUCCGGGUACGAUCACAAGGCUGAUAUCUGGUCCCUCGGCAUCACCGCCCUGGAAUUGGCCCACGGAGAGCCUCCUUACGCCGACAUCCACCCGAUGAAGGUGCUGUUUCUAAUUCCAAAGAACCCGCCUCCCCAACUCGAGGGCAGCUUCAGCAGAUCGUUCAAGGAUUUCGUGGAAUUGUGUCUCAGAAAGGAGCCGCGUGAGAGGCCCUCGGCGAAGGACCUCCUAAAGCACCCUUUUGUGCGGAAGGCCAAGAAGACCACCUACCUCACGGAAUUAAUCGAGCGGCACGAGCGGUGGGUGGCGAGGCAUGGCAAAGGGAACGAGAGCGAAUCAGAUGAGUCGGACAACGAGGCGGAACCGCGUCAACCUGUGGAUGAAGAUUUGUGGGAUUUUGGCACAAUCCGGCCCGCUGGCAAAUCCCACGCCUUGAAGGCGAUGAACGACGCCGCGGCGAACGCGAGGAGCCGGACAGACAGGACUGCCGAUAUUCAAGCAGUGCCACCGUCGCCUCGCAAGGCCGCCUUGACGAGCACAGGCGAGGAGAAUGCGCCUGUUUCCAUCAGUGGGACGGUGAGGAGCACCAGUCCUGUUAGACCGGCCCCCCAGCCCCCGAGGGAGCUCUCUCCACAGAAGCGGAUCUCACAGUCAUCUUUCGUCCCCCUCUCGCCGGCAAAGGUCCCCUUGCCCCCAUCUCCAGUCAAGCCGCAAGGUCCACAGGGACCUCGUUCACCCUCCCGCGAGAAGCCGUCUCUUUCGAAGCCCCUACCCUCACCGGCGCCGCGGCUCAGCGAUCUGGAUAUUGACGAUUAUCUCGGACAAGCGAUCGUAGAGUCGGAUCUGCCAUCUCUCAGCGUCUCAGAAAACCAUUCCCUGCCUCCGACGCCAAGGCACGCAACCCCGACAAAACCCCCGCCAGGAUUGUCGCAAUCACCUUUCAAUCUUCCGCCUAUUCCACCAUUCAAUCCUAAUCGAUCGCGCCAGUCCUCGCAGCAAAGCGUGACCAGCCCGUCGGGUAGUCCCCAACGCCCACGGCUGCAGCAAGACCACGCCCCGUCUCUAUCGCAGCACCCGCUCCCAUCCUUCUCCCCAGCUCCUUCGCCACUAGAGCGUAAGCCGGCGCCGGCCGUGCAGAAACCCACACCACCUCUCCCAACGCCCGGAAGCGCCGCACCGCAAGUUCCAGCAACACGCAAGGUCUCCGAUGGCAGUCGAUCGCUGGGUCGGAGCUUCAAAUCCAUCGGAAGCUCGAACGGUACGGCGGGGAGUAACGGUAACAAUGCCAAUCCGCCAGAGAUUACGGCUUUGACCGGUGUAGUUUUGCCAGCAUUGGAGGCGGCACUGCACCGGCGGACCUACAAUUACAAUGCUCUGCAAAAGCAAUCAUCGUACACGAAUCUUCGAGCCGCCAGUUCGGGAGCUACAGCGCCCAACAGCUCCUCGGCAGAAGAGACUCAGAAACGGCGCGAAGUUCAUGAGAAUGUGCGGCGCCUGGUAGGAAAGGCCGCCAGGAUCUUCGCGGAAAUUGACCAAUGGGAUAACCAGUCCCCCGUGGGAAUGGGAGAGGAUGUGCAAGGCUUCUUGGAAGGGUUUUUGGAGGAGAUCUUGGUGAGGGUUGAAGCGGAAGACGAAUGA